CUCGCCCCUCACCCCUCUGCUCUCCCCCACAUGUGGUUAAACACAAUCAAACUCUAGCUGUCAUUACAGAGGGUAGCUCCUCUGAACCAGUGGAAAGCCCACUGUCAGCAAGAGGAACCUCGCUCUCUACACACAACACAUCCAACCCCAUUACAGAGCAGUACAAAGGGUGGGGUUCUGCUGGCACUCUGCCACAUGCUCUGUUUCCCAAAAAUGUGUGAGAGAGGGAGUGAGUGAGCAAGUGAGGGGGAGAGCGAACCAGAACUAUGAGGGAGGCAGACUCCUCAUAGACACGGGAGGAAAUGAUGACGGCGGUGAUGCUGCUGCCCAUGGAAAGGUGACCAUCUGUAUGACGGAAGCUGCAGAGGAGGGCAAGGACCUGACUGAGUCGUCUCUGGAUCACUCAAAAGAAGCAGAACUUCACAGAGCUGCAAGUAGUUCACAGAGCUGGAGCGCGGUGGCUAGACAGCACUUACCCAUUUUCUCAGCUUACUCCACUGGUGGAACAAGAGGGGGUCCAUGGAUCUGGCCAUGUACUUAUUCAUGCUCCUCGGUGUGUACGCUGCCAGCAGGGUUGUAGGAGGUUGUCCUGAUGGAUGCCAGUGCACAGUCAAUAAAGUUCAGUGCCUGAGAAUCUCAGAGUUUCCAAGCACCAUUCCCUCUACAACCAAAACACUCUUCAUGGCCAACACCGGAUUCUCCUCUUUAAAGCCCAGUGAUUUUAAUCAUUUUGCUGAGUCUCUUGUGAUGUUCUUAAUCAGGGAUUCUAGGGUAGAAGAAAUAUUGCCCGGGACGUUUGACAAAACAAGUAACCUAGUUGCACUUGGCCUCUUGGGAAAUGAACUCCAGAAUCUCCCAGGUGAACUGUUCAAAAAUCUGAGGCAUCUUGAAUCCCUUGUUCUAAGCAACACCAAAAUACGUGAUUUCCACCCUGACCUGUUCUCAUCUCUUGUGGCCUUGAAGAAUCUGGACCUGAGCAAGAACCCCUUCACCUCUAUUCCAGAUGGAGCUUUCAGCCACCUCACAAAUCUGGAGGAAAUCAUACUGGCAAGAAACAACAUUAGCCAACUUUCAGUAGAGACAUUCCGAGGACUUGAAAAGCUGAAGGCCCUUAGGCUCAACAGAAAUACAAUUAAAGAGAUCCCAGCUGGCAGCUUCGAUGACCUGGUGAACCUGGAGGAGCUGUCCUUACAGGACAAUCAGAUUGAACACAUUCCAGAGCAUCUGUUCUCCAAGCAGCAGAAACUUAAGAUACUAUACCUGUCUAACAAUCGUUUAUCACUGCUUCCUGCAGGCAUCUUCUCAAACCUCCCUAACCUCAUUCGAAUAACCCUCUAUGAAAACCAGCUCCAGAGCAUAUCCACAGGUGCUUUUGGUCCCAUGGCUCUCAAGGAACUCUGGUUAUAUGAUAACCAACUGACUCACCUGGAGGACAACGUGUUCACCAAUCUGACCCACCUACAGCUACUAGUGCUAAGCCGCAAUAAUAUCAGCUCUAUCUCUGCUGGUGCCUUUAGUGGCAUGACAGAGUUGGGUGAGGUGUCCCUGCACACUAACAGGCUCACCACCUUUGAGGAAGGCACAUUCACUGGACUCUCCAUGUUGGUGAAUAUCUCUCUGCAGCACAACCAAAUCCGUUCUCUUCCUGGGAAGCUACUCCAUGGCCUGCCUGCCCUCAGAAAACUGGACCUCCAUAACAACUCUCUGCCCAAUCUGCCUCAGGAGCUCCUGGACAGCCUGGUUAUGGCCAAAGAGUUGAUUCUCACACAGAACCCCCUGAGAUGUGACCGGGACAUCCUGCCUCUCAGAGACUGGAUUAGGCGCUACCCCUCAAAGGUGCUGACCAGUAGCCCCCUUCUGUGUCUCUUACCUGCACCUUUGCGCAACACAAAUAUCGCCAACCUGACCAAUGAGGAUGUGAUGCCUUUGACAACACAGAGUCUGACCACCAUCAUUUCCACCAGCACACAUGCCUUGGUCACUCCAACAGAGAUGAGGAGAAAGCCUCACACCCCGCCACCUAAGAAGAGUACCCCCGCCACACCUGCUGCCCCUGCCAACACCAUUUCCCCAACAAAACAGGACAACAGCGGCGCCGACGGCAAUGAGGGGCACCUGUCCAGGAACACCGUAUUCAUCAUCUGCGCCUUAAUCUGUACCGCCAUCAUUGCCAGUGCCAUCAUUUGUGUCUGCUGGAAGAGAAGGAAAUGCUCCAGCAGUGACCUGCAUCAGCAGGCAAAGAACAGUUCAAUCAUUUAGAGCCUCUGCAAGGCAUCCAAGAGGCACUACUGUGGGCUUCACUGAAUGCUGUGACUACUGCUGUGAACUGAAUAUAGAGCUAGAGACAAGAACAUCUGGACACAGUCACCUCCCAAAGGAAUAAUUAACUUGCCCAUCAGCUCAACUUGCUGCUGGGAUUCAGCAUUUAAGGAUGAAGUCUUUUCCUAUAUCCUCAUGAAGAAUGUAAUUCUGUAUUGCAUUAUACUGAAAUGAAAUCACACUUGCUCAUUCUAAAGCAUGCUUAAAAACAGAAGUAGAAUACUUGGUAACC